GUUUUUUUAAAAUUGCAUGGAAGAAAAAGUAUUUUACCAAAAGUUGAUAGCUCACCUUCACGCAGCUAAACUCUAUGAAUCCCUUUCAUUAAGGCAAAAGGUUUUAGAGACAAUUCCAGUUAAAAAACUAAAAGAAAGAGCAAUUUGUGCCCACAAAAGAUGCUUAAAACAAACUAAUACAAAAUCUCUAUCUGAUAUAGACAAAAAUAAAAUUCCAAAUGUUAGGGAUUUUUUGGCUUUAAUCCUAGCUAAGUGGUUCAAGGAAGACUUUUUUGAAUGGUUUGAGCCCUGGUGUUGUCCUGAAUGCCUCAUUAAAAUGACUGGUAUUGGUCAAAAAACUAUAAAUGCUGGAGAUCAAUACAAAAAUACAGAAAAUGCUAUCAUAAGAGUUGAACUCUAUUGUUGUCCUAAUGCUACUAGCUUUGGAUUUCAAAGUAAUAAAUGUGGGACAAUCAAGGAAUUCCCACGUUUUAAUGACCCAGGUGUUUUAUUAGAAAGCAGAACAGGAAGAUGUGGUGAAUGGGCCAAUUGUUUUACCUUAAUUCUUAGAGCUUUAGAUUUUGAGACCAGAUAUGUGGCUGAUUGGUCUGAUCAUGUUUGGUGUGAGUAUUAUUCCACUAGCCAACAAAGAUGGAUUCAUAUCGACCCAUGUGAAUGUAUUUGCGAUAAACCGCUGCUCUAUCAUAUUGGUUGGGCCAAACCUCUGUCUUACAUAAUCGCUUUUUCUAGUCAAGAAAUAAUGGACGUCAGUUGGAGGUAUUCCAACGAUCAUAAGACACUAUUGAAACGAAGGAAUUUAAUUUCAGAAACGUGGUUAUAUCAGACCAUCAAAGAUAUGAAUGCCCGAUUGAGACAAGAUUUAUUAACCGAACGGAUCGACGAAUUAAAUCUCCGAACAGUUAAGGAAUUGGUAGAAUUUAUGAGUCCACCCGAAGUUGUAGAUGGCCAAGCUUACCCGGGGCGAAUAUCUGGAGACAUCGAUUGGAAGCAAUCUAGAGGAGAAACAGGACCUAAUAUUAUCAAUAAAAACGGUGACACCAAUCUUAUUCAUAAGGCCAACGUGAAUUUUGCAUCGUUACUAUCCCAAUACUGUAAAAACGAGGCUCCUUAUUCCGAUGAACUUGAGCCUUCUUUUUCCUUUUCCCCUUCUACCUCACACGAAAGAUUGUUGCACGUUCUUUAUUUUUGCUCCUCUGACGAAUAUUGCAUCAAUCAAAACAAUAAUAAUGCAGUAAAAAAUGGCGUCCCAGGUUUUAGAUCACUGAGCUAUAUAACUAAUCAUGUAAUACGCAAGACGGAACGUGAUUGGAGAACUUGUUACUUGUGUCCUGAACCUGGACACGCUAUCGAUGAUUUCGCAACAAGUGCAGUGAAAAUCGUUUGGAAAGUGAGUUGUUACGACCCCUAUUCUAAAUCGUUGUCGAAAAAUGAUGCUUCAUCUCAAAAUACUUUCGCAGCCCUUGUGGAUAAGUCGUUUAAUAAUCAAAUUAUCUCUGAAAAUCAAAAUACGAAAUCUGUUCAUAUUCCAACUAUCAAAAGAAUAAAAAUUAGAGUUAAAGGCACUCAGGUGUACGAUACUAAUAUAGCUCAGAUCGAAUGGCGUUUAAACGUUCACUAUCCGCUUUCAUCUUUAAAAUCCGGAACGGAAUCGAUAUUGUUAUCCGCUAACGAAAAUUUUGACAUAGACACCGAAGAGUACAUAGGUGCUGAUUAUUUCUUUAUCACGGCUCAAUUUAUAUUUCCUAAAGCUUUUGAAAAUUCUCUCCCUUAUAAACUAGACGGCAUUUUAUGGCAAAAAGCUCAAAUAUUCAGAACCAAAUGGGUUCCUCCUUUAUCGAAUUUUGAUAAAUUUUUGAAUUCGACAUCUAAUAAUUAUACAAAUGAUAAUGGCUCAUUUAACGAUAUUCAAACAUUUCAUUAUGAUAAUGGGGAUAAAUCAUUUAUGAAGGACGAAGGGGAUUUGGAUAUUUUCGUAACUUUUGAAUAAUUGAUAUUAAAUUUUCUUUUUUUAAAGGUUUGGGUGUAUUAUAUUUAUUAUCUAAUUUUAUUGUAAUAAUUUUAUUUAAUAUAUGUUAUAAAAUAACAAGCGGAAAUAAUAAAGUCUAUUUAUGUGAU